AACAAAUUUAAAUUUCACCUGCCUACCUGCGGAUCCGGUCACCAAUUAUUUGUACGCCUGAGGAACCCGAACAGCGAGAGGCAACAAGAAGAUACUCUUGGCUAUCUGGUACCGGCAGUACAAAUAAUUGUGAGGCCAGUCCGAUGGCACAAAUCGAAAGCUGUUCCACAGAGUGAAAGAGUUUUGAAAGCAUGAUGAUACUUGACAAAUCAAUUCCACUACUCUUUCUGUUGGCGGCGACUUCUUUGCAGGUCUCCGCCAAUGAAUGGGCAACCUUCAACGUCAACCCUUCCGGGAGUAAUAUCUCCAGCGUGGAUGACUUGAAAGCUCACCUCUUUGCCAAGGAAGUUGGAGACGAGUUUGACCUUGAUACUGUCAUCAACGAGGAGAUGUCGGCUUUGCUUACCAAUGCAAUCAACGCCGACAAUGCCAUGAACUUUACUUACAGGGCAUGGCGGAACGCCUCUGAAGCUACUUCUACGGGCACUGCAUUCCUCUGCAAACCUCUUGACUGUGACAUCGUCAUUUUGGGCAUGAAGGCGUGUGAUAUUGCAGCCGAUGAGUGUGCCGCAGCUGCUGCCUACAACGGCCAAGAAUGUGCCUCGUUCUACUUCUUGAAUCCAGAAAUUCCGUUCUUACAAGGCGCAGCAGCGGACUGCUCAGGGAUCUCAUCGGAAUAUCCCGAAUGUCGUGCACAGGAUGAUAAGGUAGACGAAUUCAGUUAUUUGGGGACCUGUACCGUUUGGAUCGCGAAUCUGAUGGACACACCGACGUAUUCUCCGGUCGAGGAGGACGUCGAGGAGGAAACGGCUUCAUCAACCUCAUCAGGGGAGAGUCCUGCUCCAACACCCGCUCCUGGAGGCACUUCAUCAACCAGUGCAGCAGAUCAUCUCGUUCUUUUGGUCCCAUUGGCUGCUUCUAUGAUUUGUAUGUGCUUUCUUUGAGAUGCAUUGAGGAGAAUUAUUAGUGCUUCUGUGGUUUUCUUUGGCUUUGAGUUGACGGAAUGAGUGUAACAAUGAAGAAGAUAAGGGAUCGAUUCGAUUUGAUUGAAUCAUUCGAUUCGAUUCUGCCCUUCCAAUAUGGUGGAGAUGUACGUGUACCGGUACAGCCGCAUGCAUAAUCUAACUAAGAAUGGUUUUGUGUUCUGGGACGGAGGAUGCUGGAUGCAACACCGAU